GAGAGAGACAGAGACGGAGACAGAGACACCAAGAGAGAGUAUAUGGCAUUGAUAAUGUCUAUAUUUUCAUGUCAUUCUCAGUCCACGUUUUUUAUAUUAAACGUUAAACAAAAAACCUGAUCAAAUUCAACAAUGUCGCUGUACAUCGAGAUGGAUGUGGAAUCUAUGAACCACGCCCAGUUCAUAAAGGAGCAAUUUGCUUUUGGGGCAGCUUUCGAUAAUGGAGUUCUAAAUAGGGAAUUUCCUAUCUACGUAUUAAACUACGGAAACAGAUAUUCUGUUGGUGCCGAUGUUCAGCCUUGCCAUGAGAGGAUUCUCAGGAAUAUCUUUCGUCGACUUGUUGAUAGAUACAAUCAUUUUAAUAUUGAAGUUAUUUUUAAAGUGCCAGAGAACUAUUAUAAAACCGUUUUAGACCUUACAACUUGGUUUCAUAGAUUUUUUGGUGUGAAAAUAUGCCUAGAAGAUUCAGAAACUAGCGUUCAAUUAGUUGGACCAGCUGAUAAUAUUGAUACAAUGAUAAGUUUAAUGAAAGAAGAAAUAUUUAAACGAAAAUAAAGUAUAUACUGUACAUAAAAAAGAAUUUGGUCUUUUCCUUGUCUUUCUUUAAAAUCUUCCAUGUUCAAAUAUCAAAGUGUAAAUUCAACUUAUACAAUCUAUCUGUCGAAGAGAGAAAUAUCUAGCAGGAUUUUUUAUUCUUUCUUUUUUGUAUCUUUUUCAAUGUGAGAUAAUAUUUAAUUUCUAACUGCUUUUCCUUUCUAAGCAAAGUAAUUCUAAUGAAUAGAAAAACAAUUUAUGGCAGUGUAACUUCAAUAUUUACAAAAAAUAACUAGGUUAACGUAUUUACUUACGACUAAAUUCAUUUGUAGAAUUUAGAAUUAUUAAACUUAUGAAUUUACAUAUGCUGCCAUCUUCUGGAGAGUGGUUAUCAAAUCUAUUCGUUUUUCUUAUUAAUACAGGUUGAUUAAAAUUAUAUUUAAUUGGAUAAAAUUGGACUGAAUAUGAUUAAUAGUAAAGUCAUUGUUAUAUGUUCUUACUGGAAAUUUCCAAC